UAGUGUCACAUGACCAUCACCUCUAUAAGUCAGCGGUACUUUGUUUCACAACAGUGUGUUUGUGCUGCAGGUGCGUAGAAGUAUACGCGUUUGGUUCGUUGUGUCCGGUGACACAAAAUCAGCCUCCGCGCGUGUUUUGAUUGUCUGCGAGUAAGAUCGGACCGCCUGUCGCGAUUAUGUUCGGACUGUCUGUCGUCGCGUUGUUUCUGUUUUUCGGCGGAUCUGCGGCCGACACACCUGCCAACUGCUCCUAUGAGGAUCUGCUGGGCACGUGGAUCUUCAGCGUGUCUGAUGUGGGUCAGGAUCGGACCAUCAACUGCUCGAGCACAGGUAAAGUAGUGAAGACGGUAACUGUGGAUCUGCAGAAGUUGUAUGUAGCUGUGGAUGAUCUGGGCAACACCGGAUUCUUCACCCUCAUCUAUAACCAGGGCUUCGAGGCGGUGAUCAAUGACUACAAGUGGUUCGGAUUUUUCAGAUAUUCUCAAAAGGGUUCACAGGUCACUAGUUACUGUGAUCAGACGCUGCCUGGUUGGGUUCAUGAUGUAUUGGGAAACAAUUGGGCUUGUUUCACCGGGAAGAAAGUCCAGCCCAUCCCACCCCGAACUGACCGAAGUCCACAGUUGGGCUUCAAACAUGAGCUACUCAUGCAAUUGCCGUACACGAACAACAUGGAGUUUCUGGAUCAGAUAAACUCUGUUCAGAAGUCGUGGAGGGCUGUGGCGUACAGUCACCACGAGACCUUCACCAUUCAGCAGCUGCUGAAGAGAUCAGGAGGACUGGGUUCCAGAUUACCACGGCGAGUCAGACCAUUGACUGUCACCGCUGAUGCAGGAAAGAUGGCUGCUGGUCUUCCAGAGCGCUGGGACUGGAGAGAUGUUAAUGGAGUCAGUUACGUCAGCCCUGUACGCAACCAAGGAUCUUGUGGCAGUUGUUAUUCUUUCGCCACUAUGGGAAUGAUGGAGGCCAGAGUCCGGAUCAAGACGAACAACACGCAGCAGCCUGUGUUCAGUCCGCAGCAGGUUGUGUCCUGCUCUCAAUACUCUCAAGGUUGCGAUGGAGGUUUUCCGUAUCUGAUCGGUAAAUACAUCCAGGACUUUGGCAUUGUGGAAGAGAACUGUUUCCCGUACACCGGCUGUGAUUCUCCGUGUGACGUCUCCAGCAAGUGCAAGAGGUACUACGCCUCAGAUUAUCAUUACAUCGGAGGCUUUUAUGGAGGAUGCAGCGAGGCGGCGAUGAUGCUGGGCUUGGUCAGGGACGGCCCCAUGGGCGUGGCCUUUGAGGUGUACCCGGAUUUCAUGCACUACAAGGAAGGCAUUUACCAUCACACCGGCCUGCAUGACUCCAACAAUCCGUUCGAGCUGACCAAUCACGCUGUGCUGCUGGUGGGCUACGGGAAGUGCCAUAAGACCGGGGAGAAGUAUUGGAUCGUGAAGAACAGCUGGGGAACCGGAUGGGGUGAGAAUGGGUUCUUUAGGAUCCGCAGAGGAUCGGAUGAAUGUUCCAUUGAGAGCAUUGCUGUAGCAGCUACGCCGAUCGCCAAACUUUGAAAGACACAUUUGUGGGACAGUAUGAUUGACAGCAAACUGCUUCGGUUGUUCAUUGUUAGAUCUGUACUCAUGAAUGCCUUCAGGUCGUGGGAUGCACACUGGAACUCCAGUUUCUGUUUUUCUUCUGCUUAUGUGUUUUAAAGGGGAUUUUUAUAGAUUUUGUACUGAUCCGCUUAUCCUGAAUUGCUCGAGCACAUCUUUUUUUACUUCAGUUUUAAUCAGUCAUUUCUUUUCAUUUUGUAUUCAGAAAUGUAUCAUGUUUUCAGUUAUACUCAGGUAAAAAUGUUCUUAGGUGAACAAUCAUUUUAUCAAUAGCAAUAUAUUUCAUAAAGAGAUUCCUGAAUUAAUGCAUGUAAACUUGCAGUCCUGUCAGCCUGUCAAGGGCUGUUUGAAUCGGUUUUAAAUUUUGCCUUGUAUGUCCUAUGAUCUUCAAUAAAAUUGAAUUUUAAGACUUCA